AUGAACAAUAUAAUUGAAACAAAAAAAUUUCAACAUACUAUUCAAUUACUUAAAAUUGAAUUAAAUGAACGUGAUCUUUUACUACAAAAUCAAAAAAUACAUUAUCAAGAAAAAUGUGAAGAUUUACAAGAAAAAUUAGCUGAUAUGACAUAUCAAAAACAAUUAUUGCAAACAAAACUUGAUUCACAACGUCAAGUUGAUCAUGAAUUAACAUUACGUUCACAAGAUGAAGUUCGUCAACAAUUAGCACAAAUUAUGGAACGACAACAUCAAUUAGAAGAUGUUAAUAAACGUUUAAUAGCAAAAUCUAAUGAAAUUCGAUAUAAUUUACAUAAUAAAAUUUUACCUACUGAUGAAGAAUAUAGAAUUUUAAAAUCAACAAAUAUUAAUUCUGAUCAAAUAUCACUUAACGAUUUUAUUAUGAUAAAAUUCUAUGAAACAGUACGACCAUUAGAAACUGAAAUUGAUAAUUUACGAAGAACACAAAAUAUAUUAGAGAGUAAAUUAGCAGCAAAUGGACAAGAUCUUAUUCAAACACAAAAAACCGUAGAUGAAGAACGUCGUUCAAAUCAUGCUGUUCAAAUGCAAUUACAAAAAAUAACAUCAGAAUUAAAUGAAUAUAAAAAUUUAUGUGAACAAUUCGAUUUCAAAAAACAAAAUUAUGAUCGAAUUAAAUCAGAACGUGAUCAAUAUGAACAUCGUAUUGUUGAACUUGAUCGACAAAUAACACAAGAUGAAUUACAAAUACAAACACAUACAAAAGAAAAAGAAAAUUUACUUCUUCAAUUAGCUGAAUUACGUCAAGAAAUUAUUGUACUUCGACAAGAUAAAGAAUAUUUAACACGACAAAAUAAUGAUAUACAACAAAAAUAUUAUUCAGCUGAAGAAAAAAUAUCAAUACUUGAAGCAUCACUUGAUGAAACUAAACGAGCCAAAGAAGUUCUUUAUGAAAAACAUAUUUCAACUAGAGAUGCCUACAAAACUGAAUAUGAAAAUAAAUUAGCUGUUGAAUUAGAACAACUUCGUUCAAGAACUGCACUUGAAAUUGAUAAAUUACGUGAAAGUAUUAAGGAAAUGUAUGAAAGAGAAAAUCGAACAUAUCAACAUACACGUGAUGAAGCUAUAGCUGAACGUGAUCGACAUAUUCAACUUGAACGAGAUUUACAACGAAAAUAUGAUGAAUUAUUAAAUGAAUAUCGUCAAUAUAAAAGUACAAUUGAAGUUCGUUUAGGUGAAUUACAAUCAGAAUUAAAAUUAAAAACAUUUGAAUUUGAUCGUCUUCAAUUAUUAUAUGAAGAAAAUUUAAAAUCAUUAAAAACAACACAAAUUGAAAUUGAAAAAUUACAAAAGAAAAAUGAUUUAAUUCAAAAAGAAUAUUUUAAUUUACAAGUUCAAUCUGAUCGUCGUAUAAUGGAAGUUGAUACUGAAUUAAAUGAAAAAAGAACAAAAUUACAAGUUUAUGAAAAAGUUGAACAAGAAUUAGAUGAAGUUGUUAUGCAAGCUGCACAAGUUGAAAAUGAUGCUGAUGCUGAUAAAAUCUUAUUUUCUUAUGGUUAUGGUGCAUCAUUACCAACAACAGCAAAACGACGUCUUCAACAUUCAGUUCAUUUAGCUAAACGUGUUAUUCAACUUGAACAAGCAAAUACAUCAUUACGUUUAGAAUUAGAUCGUGAAAGAAAGAAAAAAACUGAUAUUCAACAAGAGCUUGGAAAUGCAAAUAAAAUAUUAGAUCAAGCUCAACAACCAUAUGAUUUUCUUAUUGCAACUGUACGUAAUAAAGAUGCACAAUUAAAAAAAGUACACGAUACUAUUGAACAACUUGAAAAACAACUUAGAGAAUGUGAAAAUGAACGACAAUCAUUAAUUAAAACAAAUAAUCAAUUAACAAAAGAUAUUGAAAAAUUACUUGAAUAUCAAGAGCCAUUAAAAGUAAUGAAAACUGUUAUUAUGAAUUUACAACAUCAAGAUCCACAAAAACCAACUCAUCGUUCACCAUCUCCACCAUUGACUAAAAAAUAUCGUUCACUUACACCACCAACUCAUCAAUCAAGACGAUCAGUUGGUUUUGUUGAACAACUCGAUCAACAUCAUAAUCCACCACCAACAGUUUUUACAUCGACAAGUAAUGCAAAAAGUCCUUCAACAAGAGUUAUUCGAGGACCACCAGCAUCUCAACAAGGAAAAUAUCGAAAAAUAUAUAAAGUGACGAAUAAUUAA